AUGAGCUCUACCCACGCCAUCGAGUCCAAUAGUAUUGGAAAUAAUGCCCGGAUUCAUCAAGGCGAUGUGAUCCACAAUUACGCCAGUAACCCCGGCGAACCUUAUGUCCAAAUUCCUUUUCCCCGCAAUGAGGAGCUUAUCCCUCGUCAAGACCUUAUGAGUGAGAUAGAUAGACUCCUGCCGCUAUCCGAAGACUACUCCACCGCCGCCCUCUAUGGUCUUGGCGGCUCAGGCAAAACUCAGAUUGCCCUCGACUAUGCCUAUCGCCGGUGCCAGGUCCCCACCUGCUCCGUGUUCUGGGUCCAUGCUGAUAACGAGACGACAUUCACCCAAGACUUCAAGUCGAUCGCGAAGAGGCUAGGUGUCCCAAGCAAUCUCGAUGGCGAAGAUCUCUUAAUGGCCGUACGUUACCGUAUCGAGACGAGCCCUCCAUGGGUACUUAUUCUGGAUAACGCGGAUAACUUGAGGCUCUUUGGUGUCGGCCAUACCGCACAAGAUGCUUUGAAUCUGGGAAAACAUGCAUUAAGUCUAGAUAAUUUCAUCCCACGAGGUCCAAGGGGCCAAGUUCUUUGGACGAGCCGCGACGAGCGCAUCGCUGGAUAUCUUGUUGCUGCUCGAAGGGCAAUCAAAGUCUCAAUUAUGACUCUAGAUGAGGCGAAAGAGCUGUUCGACAGUGUCAGAAAUAAACAAGCGAGCAGCGACGAGGCAAAAGAUAUUGCAGCGCUUCUUGCCGAGCUUGACUGGCUGCCACUCGCUAUAUCGCAAGCUGCAGCAUAUAUAAAGAGGACUUUGACAACUGUCGAGGAAUACAUGUUGAAAUUGAAAGAGGGCAAAAAAAGAUGGAAGAUUCUAAAGCAAUCACAAACUGACCGUCAUCGGCGACGAGAGGUAUCGAACAGUAUUCUAGAGACCUGGAACAUUUCGAUGAAGCAUCUUCAGAUUGAAAAUAAGACAUCGUAUCAGAUUUUGCACAUACACGCCUUUCUGGAUAACCAGAACAUCCCUUUGGAGUUGGUCAAGCAGGCAGCUCUUUACAGCGACGACAGUGAUGUGAUGGAUCAUGUUCACGAAGCACACGAUGAUGAUUCCUCAUCAGACUCUGAUAGUGAUGGUGAUAGAACUACUGAAGCUAUCGCCCGUCUCUGUGACUUUUCGUUUUUAAGUGUACAGGCUACUGGAGAUGGAAAUCGCGCAUAUAAGGUGCACAAGCUAGUGCAAGAAGCGAUGCGAUAUGGACUAGGUAGAAAGGAGCGAAAGAAAGAGGAAAAGUAUUUCUCGGCUGCAGCACUUGAGAUUGUUUCGAGUCUCUUCCCGGUCAGUGGACCAGAGGUAUGGAACAAAUGCGAGAAGUAUACCACACACGCACAGCAGGCGUGUGAGUGGGCUACACUCUGUGGAAGAGAGUUAACAGCCGCGAACUUGUUAGCAAGGCUAUCGGAUUAUCAAUACGAGCGUGGAAGAUGGAGAGAGAGGGAGAUUGCAGACCAAAGAGCAUAUGGAUUACGAAAGACAACCUUAGGCGAUAAGCAUCUUGAUACGAUUACGAGUAUGGCUAGGCUUGCAGUGACAUAUCAUGGACUCGGCAGGUAUAAAGAGGCGGAGGGAAUAAAGGUAGAAGCACUGGCACUACGGCGGGAUAUUCUUGGCGAUAAGCAUCCUGAUACGAUCUGGAGCAUGGCAAACCUUGCAGUGACAUAUCAUGCACUUGGCAGGUAUAAAGAAGCGGAGGAUAUAAAGGUAGAAGUACUGGCACUACGGCAGGAGAUUCUUGGUGAGAAGCAUCCUGAUACAAUCUCCAGUAUGGCAGAUCUUGCAGUAACAUAUUAUGAACUUGGUAGGUAUAAAGAAGCAGAGGGAAUGCAGGUGAAAGCACUGGCACUACGAUGGGAGCUUCUUGGUGAGAAGCAUCCUGAUAUAAUCAGGAGUAUGGCAGAUCUUGCAGCGACAUAUCAUGCACUUGGCAGGUAUAAAGAAGCAGAGGAUAUAAUGGUGGAAGCACUAGCACUACGGCGGGAGAUUCUUGGCGAGAAGCAUCCUGAUACAAUUUGGAGUAUGGCAAGUGUUGCGGCGAUAUAUCAUGCACUUGGCAGGGAUAAAGAGGCAGAGGGAAUAACAGUGGAAGCACUAGCACUACGGCGGGAGAUUCUUGGCAAUAAGCAUCCUGAUACGAUCGCAAGUAUGGCAAGUAUUGCAGCAAUAUAUCAUGCACUUGGCAGGUAUAAAGAAGCAGAGAAUAUAAAGGUAGAAGUACUGGCACUACGGCAGGAGAUUCUUGGCGAGAAGCAUCCUGAUACAAUCUGGAGUAUGGCAAGUCUUGCAGCAACAUAUCAUGCGCUGGGGAGGGAUGAAGAUGCAGAGAAAUUAGCUUAA